CAAAACUUGUAAUUGGGCUCUGCUUGUAAACACAGUCUGGCAGUUUCUUUCUUCUUCACUGCAGAGAGUAAUAAAGGUACGUUGUCAAACAUCGAAAUUUACGGAAUAAUUUUCAACUUGGCUUGAAAUUAGUCAUGCGCAUACCCGAAAUAAAAGAGGAAACGGAUUUUUCCGAAUACGUUUGGAUGGGGGAAGAGCUUGAGGAGUUCGACCGCAAAGUCGUAGCCGAGCUUGAAGAACAAUAUGAAAUGGAGGAAGAAUUUGAAAAAUUUUUAGAACAGCAAGUCGUUUAUUAUAUCGACUUUGCCCUGGAUGAUGACGGAAUUCCUUUGGCACAGGUCCUUCGUUACCUGGACGACCUUGUUCGAAACAGUAAACUCAAUCCCAACGCACCGGAGUUUGUGCCCAAGAACUUUGUACAGAUGGAAGAAGAAGAAGAAGUAGACGUAGAGGCGGAGUUCGGUGAAGAUGAAGAAAUUGUCGAUAGAUAGAUACCCUUAAACCUUUUAGCAUCAACCCCUGGACAAAAUGAAUAUGCAAAAGUGACUUUUUCUGCAUACUCGUUUUAUAAUACUUGAAGACGAUCGACGUUUUGUUCUCUUUGACUGUAGCCGCCAACUGUAGUGGAAAUUUUAUCUAGUUUACCCAGUCUUUUUUGCGUAGAGAGUGUACAAAUUCUAUUUUUUUCGACUGUGAUUCGGAAAGAAAACAAAACAAUCGCGGAUCUUUAUAUUAUUAUAUAUGUAUUUGUUUUUCUUAUAUUCUCGAAAACCGGCCUUUGUCCUCAGGACUGGUAUACGUGUUACAUUUCUUAUUACGGCUUUAUUUCUCCCGCUCCUACUCUACUUAUUUUUUUAAAUAACUAAAAAAAAGAAGUUUUCCCAAAUUUAGAUUUUUUUCCACCUACAUUUUUUUCCUCUCUUUUAUUUAAUUAUUACUUUAUAAUUAUUAUAUAUACAUAUAUAUAUUUUUAAAUUAUCAUUCACUUUAUAUAUACUGCAAUGAAAAAAAUUAUACUGCAAUUUUUCAAGGUUGUUUACAGAUCAGUGUUACUCCUUUUUUUUGUCCUAUUAGGCCUACUUCCGACAUAUCGCUACUCUUCAAUAAUUCAUUCUGGCUUAUCUAGGCACUGAAUUUUUAUCUAAUCUGUGACCGUUGUACAAUUUUUUCCCCUAAAAUCUUCAAUAGAAAAUUGAAUCUCUGCGGUAGUAGGAUAAAAAUUUACCGGCACAAAAACAACAUGUAUAUCCUGUAGGGUAUAUAUUUAUAUAUAUAUACUGCGUAUAGGACUAAUUUCUAAUCGAUAGCCUCAACUAGUAAAUGAUCAUAUUUUGUUUACGAAUAACGUUAUUGUUGUCGCAAAGCUAGAUGAUUUUAGGGCAUUUUAAGUGAAAAAAGUCCUAUAAAUUCUGACUGAAUAGGUCAAUAUCCUCUUCUAUACUGAUAGGCAUAAAUCUAGUUCUAUUUUUUCCUUUUUAGUAAUAAACAUUAAAAAUCUUCUCAUUUCAUAGAUAGAUUCUUUCAGAGAGUUUGAAUAAAAUGUAUGCCUACAUUACAGAGGAAACAUUGUAGACUAUACGUACAGUAUAUCUACGCGGUAUUUUAUACAGCUCAUAUUAUAUCAAUUGUAGACUUAUACUAUGUAAAAUAUUAUUAUAUAUGCAAGUUUUUAUAAUCCAUUUUCAACCAUAUAUUUAUAUAAGCAGAACAUUAUCAAGAUAACCUUGAACUAACUUCAAAGCUUAAUAUUUGUCGAUUGUUUCGUAAUAGCUCGUUGAUAUAGUUUCUAUAAAUAAAUAGUAUAGGCUUUCUUCAAAAGAUUCUCCCGUCUUUGAGAAAUUAGUAGAAAAGUCUCCUUUAUAAGCAUUUACCUUCAUUUCCUCUCUUUCUAUCCUCUAUUUUAUCUUUAUUACAAUAUUUCUUCCCUGCCUGCCCAACUUUUUUUGUCAGUCGUAGUAGUAGUAGUAGUAGUAUAGGGAAAUUUUCAAAUAAAACAAUUACUUCUAUCCAUUUUGAAGAGCCUUAAAUAAAAAAAAGAUAGACUUCCUUAACUAAUCAUAAAAUAGACAAACGUAUUUCGCAAUUACGUAGGCGACAAUAAACGUUACAUAUUCUCUUCAAAUUGUGAUAAGUAAGUUUCACAUAAAGAAAACAAAUUUUCAUUGUUAGACUAAUUAAAAAUCAAUGAAAUA